UCUGCUUCAGCUCUUGUACUCACCAGCGCAAUCAGUCGCACAUACAAAAGCCUUCUGCAACAAUUUCCGAUGUGAUUAUGCAGACUUUCACCAAUAUGUUGUAGUCGAUGCAGCAGAAUUUGAAUGCACUUUCUAUCUUCAUCGAGACUUAGCUACUUUAAGGUUACUUCCGCGUUAGAACUAGUAUAUCGUACCCAGUGGAAGGAUUUUGAUUUUUAACCGGAUUAAUACACAUGUAUAUGCGGAACCGGCUCGACCUACGAGUUGCAUUUCCUGAAGUUAGCCGGUUGCCGUCUUUCCCAGCCAUCGUCCAUUCCACGACCGCAUGGAUUCCUGGGGUGAUGUAAUUAGCCAUGGGUUAGGACUAGACUUGUCUUGGGAUCGGGCACCGAGCUACAGUCAUACUACGUCUUCGUCCAGCUAUGCUUCAACGGAUUUCACGAAUCAAAUAUUUCAACCGACCACCAACAGGCUAAUGGGCACGACUGGACAGAAGCUAAAAUGCAAGAAGUGUUCUCUGAUAUGCGAGUCGAAAGCGGAGCAUCAGUUGCACACCCAAACCCACGCCCGGGAGUUGAAGCCCUAUCGUUGUCUGCACUGUCCCAAGUGUUUCGCCAAUGCCAGUUAUCUCAGUCAGCACAUGCGCAUCCAUCUCGGCUUGAAACCAUACACCUGCGAUAUGUGCAAGCGAUGCUUCACGCAGCUUUCCCAUCUUCAACAGCAUCUCCGCACCCACACCGGCGACAAACCUUACCGCUGCUAUUUUGCUGGAUGUCAAAAGGCCUUUUCUCAGCUGUCGAAUUUACAAUCGCACAGCCGAUGUCACGAGACGGAUAAACCGUUCCGGUGUUACAGUUGCUAUAAAAUGUUCCACGACGAAGCCGGAUUACGAGAGCACAUCCCAAAGCACAAGGAAAGCAAGCAUACGAAAACGCAUAUUUGUAAUUUCUGUGGAAAGGCCUAUACACAGGCGUUGUACCUGGCAUCGCACAUCAGCACUAAACACCAGGACAAAGUGGACAAGCAACGAAUGACGAUGCCGCAAAUGGCAGACUUCCUGACUUGGGCGAAGCCAGAAAACUGUGUUUCCUUUGGUAACGCCACUAGCGCAUAUGGGCAAGAAAAUUUUUUUCCCCAUUACAACGCGCAUGCUACGAUGGGUGCCGCUAAGAACGGCUGCACCGCCUUGACCACCACAUAUCUGCCAGGAAGUGAUUACGAUUGGUGGGGAUGUUGGUCGAAGCCGGGAUCGUCAGCGUUUUCGGCAUUUAACAGCAAUCGCUCCAGCAUGUUUCCAAACCUCCCCAUAAUGGCGAAUGGAGCAUUUAACCUCAGCACAGACUGGGAGGUAGAUAAUUCCUUACAAUACUCGUUCGGAACGGUCAUGAACGACAGCUGGGCAGCCGCCGGCUCCAAGGGAUGCUUUAGCGAGAAUCUCCUGACAGGCACAACGGGACAAGACACUUUUCGUAAUUUCGUCAUUCCAGUGUAAAUAUGCAGUUCGAUCAGAUCAUAACGAUGUCGACUAUAUUCUUCUGAGUUGUACUCGCAUGGAAGGAAACAGGUUAAUCGGCCGUCCAGCUGCACUAUGCUGUUGCUUUAAACGCUUUUUAAUUAUUUACAAUCGCUAUCCCGCUCACGGAGAUCUGCUAGCCGGAUGAUUAUAGCUGUCUGGGGUGCCGUUCGAUCGCCUUCGCAUCUCCAACGCAACAUCUUUCCCAAUUUAAUUCCAUUAUACCUGUGUUGAUCAUUCGAUUAUGCUGCCUAGUAAAAUCACUGCCAUUAAGUUAAACGAUCAAGCGUUUAUUUACUGUGCUUAUAAUGCGACAAUGUACGAGUUUAUUGGUUUAUGUUUAUAUUGAUACGUUGCAUGACUUACUAUCGAAUCAAACGAUUUUGGGUACAUCACGCACUCAACUGGAGGUUCGUGUGGCAAGGUUUGAAAGUGGAUACGUAUUGGAACAGUGUUUCCGAUUCUUCCUGUUUGAUGAUUGUGAUAUGGAUGGAGGAUGCUGUGAUGAAGAUUCCCAGAUUGCGCAGGCUGAGGAAUGAAUGUGAUGGAUGUGUCUUUCCGGUGGAACAUGUCUUUGCAAGUUGGAACUUGACGUCGGGUGGCGUUCUUUUUUACGUUCCGGAUUACACGGGUUACCGUUGGGACUGAUAAUGAAACGCAAGCGCUAAGCAAUAAUCACUCAUUUUCAUGCUUCAUCCUUACAUUAAUUUUGUGGCGUUGCUUGAUAGUUAUAACUUAAGUUUGUUAGUUGACUUAGUUCCAUGUGACUAAGGAUGCGAGUAAACGUUUUUUUUUGUUAUGUUACCGUUACGACCGAGUACUAUAAAAUUUUAUGGUAUAAAUGUGUUC